GGGGCUGGAUGCUACCUGAGGAGGUCGGACCGCGGGAGGUUUAGAGGAUUAAAAGGCAUAAAGAGGAGCUUGUGAUUCAAGAAAAUAUAGUAGAACCUCAGAGUUAUGAACACCAGAGUUACGAGCUGACAGGUCAAUCAUGUACAUACCUCAUGUGGAACUGGAAGUACCCAGUCAGGCAGCAGAGACAAAACAAACAAAUACUUGUACAGUAUAGUACUGUGUUAAACAUAAUAUUCUAAAAAAAGGGAAAAUUAAAAAAAAAAAGUUUGACAAGAUCACUAUGGCAACUGGAAGAAAUGUGAUGAGAGCUGUCAGAGUUUCUGAAUUUGGUGGACCUGAAGUGCUUAAGCUCCUGUCAGAUGUCUUAUUGCCGAAUCCGAAAGAAAAUCAGGUCUUAAUCAAAGUCCAUGCAUGUGGUGUAAACCCAGUGGAGACAUAUAUUCGUUCUGGUGUUCAUGCUAGAAAACCAGCUUUACCUUACACUCCUGGCACAGAUGUUGCUGGAGUAAUUGAAGCUGUUGGGGAGCAUGUAACUGUAUUCAAGAAAGGUGACAGGGUUUUUACUAAUGGUACCAUCUCUGGUGGCUAUGCAGAUUAUACAGUUGCUGCAGCUGACACAGUCUUCCCCUUGUCAGAUAAAUUAGACUUCAAGCAAGGUGCUGCCAUUGGAAUCCCAUAUUUCACUGCUUACCGUGCACUCUUCCAAAAAGGGCAUGCCAAACCAGGGGAAACUGUGCUAGUCCAUGGGGCAAGUGGAGGAGUUGGAAUAGCAGCAUGCCAGAUUGCCAGAGCUUAUGGUUUAAAGGUUUUAGGCACAGCUGGAACUGAAGAAGGAAUGAACAUAGUUUUGAGAAAUGGAGCCCACAAAAUGUUUAAUCAUAGAGAAGCUGAUUACGUUGAUAAGAUUAAGGAAUUCAGUGAUGUGCGGGGAGUUGAUGUGAUAAUAGAAAUGCUAGCUAAUGUUAAUCUCGCCACUGACUUACAACUACUGUCACCUGGAGGAAGGGUGAUGAUCGUGGGGAGUAGAGGUCCAAUUGAAAUAAACCCCAGGGACACUAUGAUGAAAGAAUCCAGCAUAAUAGGAGUUAGUCUAUUUUGUGCAACUAAGAAGUUGAUGCAUGAAUGUGAAACCGCGCUUCUUGCUGGUAUAGAAGCUGGCUGGCUUAAACCUGUAGUUGGCCCUGAAUAUCCAUUGGAAAAAGUUGCUAAGGCUCAUGAACACCUCAUUAACAGCAGUGGUGCUUUGGGAAAGAUGGUACUCCUUAUAUGAUAAGUCAUGUAAUAAAGUUUCUUUCCAC